GUUGGGUCGUCUCAGCAAGCAACCAGCGCACAUAAAUUGACACGCACGCUUCGUCUUUUACCGUCUUUCUGCAUUGUCCUCUUGAGCCCCUCAAUGAGACAAGAUGGUUCUAUUCGAGCCAGCGGCUGGAAGCACUUUCGAAGAGUUGGAGCAAAAGUAUGAGACGUUGUCCCUGAUCCAGAAAGGAGGCAAUGGAGCAGUCUAUGGUGGGAUCCGAAAAGCGGAUGGCUUGGUGGUGGCGAUCAAACAGAUCCCAAAGAAUUGCGUGCGGAUGUGUCGGUUAAUAAACGCGUAUCUGGUCCCACUGGAAGUUGUCCUUAUGCAGCAAGUUGGAGGACGACAGGGAAUCAUUUCUCUGCUAGACUGGUACAGUCUGGAGCGAGAGAUUGUACUGGUGAUGGAGAGGCCAGUACCCUGCAUGGACCUCUUUGACUACAUCUAUGGAAAGGGCCAAAUGGAGGAAGCAGAGGCAAAGAACAUCUUGAAACAGCUGGUAGACGCAGCAUCCACAAUGGACGCUGCAAACAUUUUUCAUCGAGACAUCAAGCUUGAAAACGUCCUUGUUAACAGCAGCGGCGAGGUCCCUCGCGUCUGGAUCAUCGACCUCGGAAACGGCUGCUUUGGGACCACUUCGGUGCACACGCAUUUCUUCGGAACCGCCGACUUGGCUCCGCCAGAGGUUGCUGCAUGCGGCGAGUAUAUGGCCAACCCCACCACAGUUUGGCAGCUUGGGAUUCUGCUAUAUGAAAUUCUGCAUUGCGCUCCAUUCCAACCGGAGGAGUUCUUCCCGGAGAGGCAAAUUGACGCGAGGCUCUCUCAUACCUGCCAAGAUGUCCUGAGCGCAUGCCUGACGAGAGACCCAGACGCCCGUGCCACUCUGUCCCAGCUUCAACGGCACCCCUGGUUCCACUGAGGCUGCACGGAAGAUCAACCUUUUUUAUUCCUGAAAUUGUCAUUUCAACUGUAUAUAUUCCUGUAUAAAGAGAUCAAACAGUGACGAGAUGCUUCCAUUUUUAAAUCACGCCAUGUUUAUAUGCUUUUUUAUUCCUCAAAUUGUCAUUUCAACUGUAUAUAUUCCUUUAUAAAGAGAUCAAACAGUGACGAGAUGCUUCCAUUUUUAAAUCACGCCAUGUUUAUAUGUAUAUUUCUGGUUUAUUUUAUGGUUGCGUUACAUUUAGACCUUUUAGCUUUACGGUCAUUCAAAAGACUUUUAGAUUUCUGUGUAUAUUUGUGCCACUGCCCGAUACCUUCACCUCCUCUUUGAUGUUGCUACACGUGUGUGUGUUUGGGGAGCAGAUAGCCACUAAAAACAAAGUGUAUGAUUUUUUACAUGAAGAUUAUACAUUCAUGAUUCAUUAUAGAUAUGUUUCGGAUAUUCGAUAGGUCAGCAUCAAAAACAACAUAUGUAUUUUUCCAAUGUUUGCACAAGUGUUUCAAACGUCA